CUGUACGAAUACGUAUUUUGUGGGGGCGCCAACGAAAUUGAGAAGAGAACACAAACCCAAUCCAGAGGAGGGAGGAGCGCCGCCGCCGCCGCCGCCGCUCAGGCGAGAGGUUGCCGGAGCCGCCGCCACCGAUGCUGCGCGUGGUCUCCACCCUCCCCGCGCUCCGCCCGCUCCUCGCCGGGAGCACGCUCCUCCUGAACGCUAGACCUCUGCUCCGCUCCCGCCUGACUCGGCGGCCGUUUCGCGCCGUCUCGUCCUCCACGGCGUCCCCGUCGAGCUCCAGCUCCGGCGCCAGGGACUUCGGGGGUGUGGAUUUCGGCGAUGAGCGCCUUCUGCGGUGCGCGGCGGCGGGGAGAGCGCCGCUGCGGGUGGCGGUGCUGGUGAGCGGCGGGGUGGACAGCAGCGUCGCGCUCCGCCUCCUCCACGCCGCCGGCCACCGCUGCACCGCUUUCUACCUCAAAAUCUGGUUCCAGGAAGAUUUCAGGAACUUUUGGUCUGAAUGCCCGUGGGACGACGAUUUGAAGUACGCGCAAGCUGUGUGUGACAAGAUUGAUGUACCGUUGGAGGUAGUCCAUCUAUCUGAUGAGUAUUGGAACCAUGUGGUAUCUCACAUAAUUAACGAGUAUCGCAGUGGCCGUACUCCGAACCCUGAUGUUCUUUGCAACACAAGAAUAAAGUUUGGAGCUUUCUUAGAAGCUAUUGAAAAUUUGGGAUUUGAUUACAUAGCAUCUGGACAUUAUGCACAUGUAGUUCAUCCAUCACCUGACGAUGUUGAAGGGCCAUCAGUCCUCCAACUUUCAAAAGACAAGGUGAAGGAUCAAACUUAUUUCCUUUCACAUCUAUCUCAGACCCAGCUUAGAAGGCUUCUUUUUCCACUGGGAUGUAUAACAAAGGAUGAAGUGCGCAGGCUGGCUGCUCAGAUGGACUUGCCUAACCAAGAUAGAAAGGAUUCCCAGGGGAUAUGUUUUCUUGGCAAGGUCAAAUUUAGUGAGUUUGUUGAAAGACAGAUAGGAGAGAUGGAAGGAGUACUGUUGGAAGCUGAAACUGGAGACUACCUAGGGACACACCGUGGAUUUUGGUUUUAUACAAUUGGUCAGCGACAAGGAUUGCGCCUUCCUGGCGGACCCUGGUAUGUGGUUGAGAAAGGUGUUCAAAACAAUGUGGUUUUUGUCUCAAGGAAUUACUACUCGCUGGAUAAGAGAAGGCGGACAUUUCGUGUUGGAUCGCUGAACUGGUUUAGCAAUUCUGGACCAACAAACAAUGAGCAACUUAAAUGCAAGGUACGUCAUAGUCCUGAAUUUCAUGAUUGCACCGUGACACAAGAGCAAACAUCAGAACAUGGAGUUAUUUUGGUGGUGCGUCUGUCUGAAGAUGAUCAAGGUUUAGCAGCUGGUCAGUUUGCGGCCUUCUACCGUGACAAUUUAUGCCUUGGGUCAGGCAUAAUUCUGGAUUCUUGGGACGAAAUGAAUUUUCCAGUCUGUGCAAGGGCUUUAGAAAUUGCUAGAAUGGAGGAUAAGUCCAGACUGGGGAAGCCAGUAAAGAUAAUGAACUUAGAACAUAUCGUGAAAUCAGAAAAGGAGGCUAUUGAAGUGGCAUGAUAGGCACAGUCCCUGCAGCCUUCUCUUGAGUCUUGACUACUCCGUACAUUCGUGGUUCUGCAAAGUUGCACGUUAACCCUGCAAAAGCAAGAAUCGUGUUGUCCCCAGGAACUCCAGCUGGUUCUUCAAAGGAGGUAUGGUUGGCGAGCUUGCAUUUCUGAAGAGGGUUCUCUGGAUAAAAGAGGCGGAUGAACAUCAUUAUCCAUGCAAGAAUUGACCUGGCAUAAAUUUUCAGCGGUAAGCUGCCGAUCUGGCAGGAAAUCACACGAAGGGUCUCGGAAUUCCACUCAUGAGCCAAAGCGUCUAGAACUCUAGAUCCGAUCGUCAGUUAAGCAUUACAGUAUCCUCUUAUAGCAGUGUAUCAGGAGAUGCUCCUUUCAUGCUACUACUAGUACCGGUUUUAUUUACGUUGUACAAAUGUUAAGGUUAUUGUAGGCGAACAUCGAAUGGUAGAAUUUCUACCAUUCUGAUCAUAUGUUUUAUCACUUUCUCGUCUCGGUUCGGUUGGUUGGUUCUGUGCCAAAUCGAGAUGUUUUUUCACGAAGUUUGUUUGACGAUUGAUAUUGUUCACGAGCCAUCGGUGCGACUUGCGACACGAUAUCUGUCGCUACCGAAAAUGAAAAGUACAGGUCGCCUGUUCAGGUUGGCCUCAAUCA